UGUGUUCAUUGUAUUGAGGGAAGGCAUUUUUUGAAAGGUGAUAAAUAUGUUUAUAGAGGAUGUAUGUCUUGAAAUUGACAAAUGUUAAAUUUUUCCUUUAGCCUAGAUUGCCAAUAAAACAGCUUGAAUUGGUUUCAAAUCAAACUGUUUACAUGUACUGCAUAGCAAUGUGUAUACAUGAACAUCAUUAGAGGCUUUGGACAGGGAAUGUAAUCAGCGAGAAUCAUGCUGACACUUUCUCUGGAGACUUGUGGCAACCCUUCCAUCAGCUGGUCCCUCGGUGUGAUCAACAGGUGUCUUGCUCAACCGCUCGCUUGUUAUGUCUCAUUGGAUUACUCCCUUGUAAUGUGAUUCCUCAGUGUCAUGGGAAACAUUCUUUUAGUAUUUUGUCUUCCCUAGGGGAAUUUCAAAAGUUAAAACAAUUUGAAGUACAAUACUAUACAGGUAUUGAACACUAUAAUUCUGUUUAUUAAUAUGCUGUACAUUUUGUAUAUGUUCGUCGUGUUGCAGUGUUGGCAUAUAGAAUACCUAACGUGUAAUUUUUUAGCUGUAAACUGAAGAAUCCUGGAAUAUACCUGCAUAAAAUAACAACUUGAGAAAACAGUUAUCUUCCAAAAGAAAAUAUAUCUACUGAACUUCACAAGUGUUUGUUCGGAAUUACUAUUCAGCUCGCAUACAAGUUUUGAAGAGAUUGGUUAACCACAGUCAGUCGGUGCAGAAAUCCAAUGUAGCUCCCAGAAUCAAGAUAACGUUUAUCCUGUUUGUAGUGUAGUUGUUCUUGUCCCCCGCUUGAAAAAUGUCACGCAGCGACAAAUCCAAAUCCACGAGCUUCUUGACCAAGAUGGACAAGAUGCUCACGGGGACUUCCAAGAAGAAGACGGUCGGGAAGGAACGCGGCAGCCACCUUCCUAGACCGAACUCUGACAUAGACCUUAAUGAAAUAGAAGAAGACCAAUAUAACAUUGCUAAUCUCACCGAUGACCAGGUAAAAGACCAUUUUCAGCAGAUGAUAACAGAUAUGAACAUAGCUGAUGAGAGUGCGUUGAUGAAAACACCAGUGGACAAAAUGAGGCUUAUGCUGGCGAGUAAUCAUAAGAUGAUGGCACAGACGCAACACAAAUUUGAGACACCAAUGGAAUACAUAGAGUACCUAAAGCGUGAUGACCUCAGUGUAAAAGCCAUUUUCAAAGUUCUGGAGAGCUUGCAAGUAGCUCUUCGCAGUAACCGGAUACAGUGGGUGCAAGAAUUUAGUCAGAAAGGCCUUAAAACCUUAUUAAGCACCCUUAAUGAAUGCUACAGAAGUUCGAGCGAUGGUGGAAACAAUAACAAACACUGGGACAGCGUUCAGUAUGAAACCAUCAAGUGCGUCAAGGUGAUUUGCAACACCGUCACGGGCAUUAAGGAAUUUUUUCGUCAAAAUGAAGGAUUCACACUCCUGGCGCAUAGCCUUAAUCCGUCCAAGCCGGCAAUCAUGUUGGAAGUGUUGAGACUCAUGGGGAGUUUCUGUGUACCUCUAUGGCGCCAGGAUGGUCUUGAUGGUCAUCGAGAAGUUCUCGAUGCCAUCACAAUUGUUGGGGAGUACAAGAAGCAGGAUAGAUUCACACCAAUUAUUGUAGGUUUAGGCAUGCAGGGUAAUGACCCAUUAAGACUCAGCUGUCUUGGCCUUGUCAAUGCCCUAAUCAACUUUGUUCCUGAUGAUAAUCUAGACUUCAGAUUGCAUUUAAGAAAUGAAUUCAUGCGAACAGGCCUUCAAGAUUUAUUGGAAGUUUUGCAAAAUAGUGAGCAUGCAGACAUACAAAAACAGCUAGAAAUUUUUGACAAAGGCCGGACAGAAGACUUUGAAGACUGGCAAGAUAGAUUUUUUACACACGUAGAUGAAAUGGAGGACUUAGGUAGGUGUUUUGAAAUUGUCCGACAUCAAGUUCAAGACUCAAAUUGUGAAACUCCCUUCCUUUCCAUAUUACAGCAUUUAGCGUUUAUUAGAGAUGAUGAAAAUGUUCGACCUGCAUAUUUUAAGCUAAUUGAAGAAUGUGUUUCACAAAUUGUCUUGCAUAAAAAUGGAUGUGAUCCAGAUUUUCGUGCCACAAAAAGAUUUGAAAUUAAAGUAGAUCAACUCGUCGAUCAAUUUAAAGAAGAAACUCGCUCUAGUAAUGCAAAAGUUGAAACAGAAUACCAAAUACAAUUAGAAGAAGCACUUACUAAAAAUCAAAAGCUAGAAGCAGAAUUGUCACUUGCAAAAUCUCGUUUAGAAGAGGCACUGAAGCACGGUGGGGACCCAGCCAAGAAAGGGGGACUACCUACAGUUCCAGGGCUCGAGCAAUUGGUUGGAGGAGUUCCGCCGCCUCCACCACUACCAGGUGGAGGUGGACCACCACCGCCACCUCCAUUUCCAGGUAUGGGUGGCCCACCACCACCACCACCGCCACCAGGUAUGGGAGGACCUCCUCCCCCUCCUCCACCACCAGGCAUGGGUGGUGGCCCACCACCACCACCUCCGCCCCCAGGUAUGGGUGGUCCCCCUCCACCACCACCACCACCAGGCAUGGGUGGUCCACCACCACCACCACCUCCAGGUAUGGGUGGCCCACCUCCUCCAUGCAUGCCAUUUAUGAGGGGUCCUGAUAUUAAUCAACUUCCACAUGGCAUGACACUCAAAAAAACAGUUAAACCACCUGCCCAAACAAAACGCCUGCAGUGGAGUAAACUAACACCAACAAAAAUGAGUGAAAACAGUCUCUGGGUUCGUCUCAAUAAGAAAGAUGCCAAAAUCAAGCAAGAUGUGCUAAAGGAACUCAGCGAACAAUUUGCCGUCAAACAGGUAAAAAAGAAAAAUGUCGAUCAAGUGGAAAAGACGGCCAAGAAAGAUAAGGAGUUAAGAGUACUAGACCAAAAAACUAACCAGAACCUCUCCAUUGCUCUCCGUGGCCAGUUCAAACACAUGAGUUUAGAUGAUAUAAGUCUAGCAAUACUUCAGUGUGAUGAAUCAAUUCUCUGUGUAGACUCUGCUGGUAAUGCUGAUUCUUCUACUCUCCAGACUUUAAUAGCAUCCUUACCUGAUCAUGAAAUCAUUAAAAAAGUGGUCAAUUUGGAAGAAAAUGAGGAAGAUUUAGCGGAGGGAGAGUUGUUCUUGCAUAAAAUUGGAAAGAUUAAGAAAUUAAUGCCACUGUUGAAAAAUCUGGUCUUCAAAACCGAUUACCCAUCUUUAGUUAAAGAGACAAGGCUAGACAUUGUCAAUACAAAAGCGGCUCUUGAUGAGCUCACAAAUUCCAAAAAGUUUGAAAAAGUUAUGUAUUAUAUUCUUGAAUUUGGCAAUGUUCUUAAUGCAGGAUCCAGAAAUGCAGACACAUUAGGCUUUGACAUCAGUUUUCUACCCAAGUUGGCAAACACUAAAGAUGCAGAAGGGCAUACCUUACUACAUUACCUUGCCGAGACGAUGCUUCGGGAAGAACGAGAUAGUGCCGACUUUGAAGAUGGACUUUUGCACUUCGCAGAUGCUGAACGUGUAAAUGUUGAUACUGUCAAGGGCAAUAUUGCCAAAAUGAAGAAAGAAAUACAAAAUAUCGGCAAUGAUCUCCAUAGACACACCAAGCAGAAUCCAGAGGACAGAUUCCAAGAAAAGUUUGAAGAGUUUCACAAAAUAGCAGAAGAAGAUAUAGCUCUGCUUGAGACCGAGUUUGAAAUGAUGCAAAAGAAGUACAGCGAAGUGUCCGAAUUAUUCACCUUUGAGGUUACUAAAUAUGCCCAAGAAGAUUUCUUCCGAGACAUCAAUGAAUUCAUUGUAUUAUAUAAAAAAGCCAAAGAACAAAUUGUCAAGGAGGAGGAUAAGCGGCAGAGGGAUAGAGAAGCUCGGGAGCGUGCCGAGCGCGACAAGGCAGAACGCGCCGAGAGAGACACGAGACAACGUGCUCUUCAUGACGUCACUAACGACCAGAGCAACACUGAGGUCAUGGACCAGUUGGUGCAACUUAUCAACACAGGCCAAGCAUUUGAUGUGAUGGGGGCGGGUCGCAGACGUCGUCCUGGGAAGACAACAGCCGAGAGAAGAGCCCAGCUGAAUCGAAGUCGUUCGCGUACAGGUUUGGUCACGCAGUCGCCAAUUAACAACAAGGAUAUCAAACAAGCUGAUGCGCUUGAUAUUGAUAUUGAAAACCAGCCCGCUCGACCAUCUCGUCCCCGCACCCGUAGACCUGGUGUUCCGACUGGAUUAGAGUCUCGGGAUCGGCAUUUUAAUGAACAGUCGUCGGAAAAUGGUGGAGAUGCACCUGAAGCCUUGCUGCAGAGGUUAAGAGAUCUUUAAAUGCAAUCCAAAUUAUAUUAAUAUUAAAUACUGUACAUAAAGAAAAUUAGUAACAUUCACGUGCUCGUGCACAGGUUGCUUGGUAAAAAUGAAAACUGGCUGUAUAUUGUGCAUUACUUUUUCAGUAGUAAUAUUUAUAAAAUGUGAAUGAAAAGGCAUUUUAAGCAAGGAAUACGAUGUCUCUACAUUAUAAUUUAACAUAUCAGUUACAAGAAGAAGUGUAUAUUUUUUUUGGUUCAUGGCAGUAUAUUUCACGUAUAUUAUACAAAUUAUGUGUAUGUGCACACACAAACACACACACCAACCAACCGUCUACCACUGUUUGUGAAAGUGAAUUUUCUUAUAAUUCUAAACACAGAUGCCGAAGAAAUAUAAGAAAAUUCACUUUCGCAAACAGAGUGGUA